AAGGAAACAUUGAACUGAGUAUGCAAGUGGUGUGAUCAAAUUGCAGUUUAAUAAAAAAACAGGACCCAAGUGGAAACAAAACAACACAGAAGAAGUGUGAUCAAAUACAGUACCACUUGAAAAUGGAAGUAGAGCACACACUCACCACUGACACGACAAAACAAUACCAGACAAAGACACAGGAAAACACAGAGUCUUUAUAAUGAUCGAAUCUAGAAAAAAUAGGAAGGAGUAACAGGAACCAAUUUAUUUCUGUUCUCUUUAUAUUACUACAGAAAGUAAAAGUAAACCAGAUAUAAGUAGACAAUUUGUGCUUCUGGGUUAUUACUAGCUGUACUCCACAGAUUGGGACAACAUCUGCAUUUGUUUUAAUCAGAAGAAGUUGAAAAAAUGAGUUCCAACUCCGAAGGUGAAACUCCAGAAUUUCAAACUCCAUGGAGAGCAAUGACUUGGGGGAACCCAAGUAAAGUCUCUUUAAUAAGUGGCAUUAAUCAGAUCCAACCAUCCAUAACAAAUCUGAAAUGCUUGAGGGUGAUAGUGGUUGGCCCACCUGGUUCAGGAAAAUCAAGUUUCAUAAACUCUGUUAACAAUGCCUUCCAAGGACGGAUAACUAGCAAUGCAAUGAGUGACUCCUGUGGUGGUGGUAAAAGUUUCACAACAGAACAGUACAGAGAAUGUAAAAUGAAAACUGGGAACCCAAAAUUGCCUAUUGUCUUCAGUGAUGUCAUGGGCUUGGAAGCAGAAGACAAGAAAGGAUACCAUCCGGAUGACAUCAUUCAAGCCAUAAAUGGCAACCUAAAAUAUGGAUAUGAGUUUAAUCCAGAAAAGCCAAUAUCUCCAGAAGAUCCAUACUAUAAUAAAGACCCAGAUCUCUCUGAUGAGGUCUACUGCCUGGUCUAUGUUUUAGCAGCUGAUAAAAUCAGAUUGGCACAGGAUGAUAUUUUUAAGAAGCUGAGAAACAUUCGUCUGAAAGUUUGUAAGACUUUUGGGUUGCCUCAGGUCGUUGUCAUGACAAACGUGGAUCAAGUAUGUCCUGUGGUGAAAAAUAAUAUAUGGAAGGUCUACCAUAGCAAGAAAAUUAAAGAGAAGAUGGAAUUGUGCAGCAGUUCAUUGGGUGUUCCAAUGUGUCACAUCUUUCCAGUGAAGAACUACCAUGAAGAAAUUGUAUCAAAUGAAUACAUGGAUAUUCUGAUUUUACAGGCAUUCACGCAAAUUAUACAGCUUGCUAAAGACAAUGUAGAGAUUCGUUUAGAAAAGAAAGACAGCCAGAAUGUGAGAGAGAAACAAACAAAAUCUGAGUGAGAAAUAUGACUAUCCUUGUAUGAUAGUUGAAACAAACUUGUGAUGGUGAUUAUUUACAAGUUUGACCUAAAGUGUCUUGAAACACCAUUCAAUUUAAACAUUAUAUGCAUAUAAAAUUAACACAUAUUAUUUUAAAUCUGUAGAGUUAUUUUUAUACAAAUAUAGACUAAUCGUAUAGAAAAAUUAUUAUGAAGCAUGAUAGUGUGUUGAGGAUACAAUCUAACAAAAAAGUGAUAGUUGUAGGAGUAAGCAGGGCACAAACUACUGUAACACAGGGUUGAUUAUAAAAUGGAUGUUUUUGUUACACAAGCUCAAGCUAUCUGUGUGUUUGGUCUUUUUCUCUCACUGUUAGAUGAUCUCUUGCAAAUCUGUAAAAAUAUAUGAUUUUGUGUUUUUAUUAUGAUAAUGGACAAACAGUACUUUGAAUGUAUUAAAGGAAAUUUCUUUGUCAUAUCCUUUUAUCAGAAAUUCUGAUUCAGAAUGUAAGUUGAGUGUGUGUGUCACCAAUUAUCUUAUUCACUGACUUGUUCUCUAAUACAUAACACUAUUUUGAAACAUGUCAGCAAUUCCCUGCAACUGUUAGCUAGACCUUUUUACACAGUGGGUUCAGUAUAUUCCCAGCAAGCAAAAACCAAGACGUUGAAAUGACGGCUAACUAUAGACCCAAUAUAGACCGGCUAUGAGUAACCCACUUCUACCCUAUAUAGCCUUGAAUUUGGUUACAUGCCAUUUUUGCCAAAAUAACUUGAAGAUGUAUGAUAUUCCAACAUUCAGGCAAAGUCAACAGAUGUUCAAGGUGUUUGCUUUCAUUUGUUUUAAACUUAUAUGUAUCGUCUAUUCUUGGGCUAUGGUAGACGUCUAUUAGACUUUCACUGACAGCCCAAAUUUAGCCUGGUUUUAGCCCAAAUUGCUUGCUGGGUUGUAGCGAAAUGAAAACAAUUUACAAUGAAAUGAAAACAAUGUAAAUUCUAUUAAUCAAAAUGAUAACUGUAAAUACAAUAACAGGGGAAAUGAUGGACCAUUAUGAUUAUCUGUCACAAUUUUUUGGCUCUUACAAAAAUAUGUAUUAAUCCAUAAUAAUAACAUGAGGGAUGUGUGCAUCUCAGUUUCAAACAAUAUCCAUGUUGGGUUAUUUUCAACCCAGCAUUUGGUUAAAAGGGAUGAGCCCAGCCGCUGGGUGAAAUUAACCCAGAAUUUUUUUAUAUCUGACUUCUAUCCAUAUCACAUUUUUUUAAAUGGUUAUUUAAUGAUUAUUUUAUGCAUUUUUAAUUACAAAAUAAAA